UGGGAAGGAGCACACUUGCCUCUAAACAGACUGCUGGCAGCUUAAAUCGCAACCGCCAACCCACCAUCCUCGCCUCUGCUGUUUCUUCCUCCAGCUCAGCCGACACGCCCUACUCACGACUCACGGUGACAGGUACUCCGUUCUUCAGAAUCGUGAAUCUUGUCCUAAGGAUUCCCUCUUUCCGGCAUUGACUCGCCGUUGCAAGAUGCGCUUCUCCACGCUUUUCUUCCCAGCGGUGGCAUCGCUCUUCGUCACUGCCAUGGCUUCUUCCUACGGCAACUUCUCGCGCACCUGUACUGACAUCAAGCUCGUCCACACCUUCUUUCUCCGCGCCACCUGCUGCAAUUCGAGCACGGACGGCGUGGAGGCCCAGUCCCACAACGAGCUCAUUCUGCCCAUGUGCAUCGGUAUGGACCAAGUGAGCGGCUACAUGAAGUGGGAGGUCUACGGCAAGUUCUCGAACUUCUGCAAGAACUGCACCAUGCUGGAAGCGGCGGGCGGAGCAAAGUACCUGUACACUUGCGCCUGCACGCCACUGAUCGGCGAUCGCGGCCCCAUAUGGUCUACGCUCAACUUGGACGACGGCAUCAGCAACAACAUGGGCACGCUCCAGUGUGCUGGGGGCAAGGCUAACAUGAUUGACCCCAACGAGGAUUAGCUUGGGCUGCUUUGCUCGCUCCUCUACCCUCUCAGGGUUCGAUCUGGCCGCGGCUCCAAGAGGGGAUUGUCUGGAGAGG